AUGCAGCCCUCAAAUACCUUUGUGGGAUCGAUCGAUCAAGGCACGACCAGCACCAGAUUUUUGAUCUUCAACCGCGAGGGCGAGCCAGUAGCAUCGCAUCAAGUUGAGUUCAGCCAAAUCUACCCGAACCCGGGGCAAGUUCCAGACCAAUCCAAUAUAGAGACCUGCAUUGAAGAAGCCGUCCGGAAGUUCGAAGCGCAAGGCCACACCCGGACCAGCAUCCAAAGCAUCGGAAUAACCAACCAGCGCGAAACAACCAUAGUCUGGGACCACGAGACCGGCGAGCCCCUGUACAAUGCCAUUGUAUGGACAGACACACGCUCCCAGAGGAUCGUUGCAGAACUGAAACAGAAACCAGGGGCAGCGCAGCUCCAGACACUCUGCGGUCUGCCGCUGUCAACCUACUCGUCGGCUACAAAGCUGCUCUGGAUGUUGGCGAAUGUCCCAAGGGUGAAGAAUGCAUUUGACCGCGGCACACUGGCGUUUGGUACCGUCGACGCUUGGCUGGUAUACCGUUUGAACGGUGGCGUGCCUGCCAACGUCUUUGUCUCGGAUUCGACAAACGCCUCGCGGACCAUGUUUGUGAACUUGGAGACGUUGCAGUAUGAUGAGACGCUUCUCGACUUUUUUGGGAUCAGAGGGAAGGUUCAUUUACCUAGGAUUGUGCCUUCGUCUGAUGCGACAGCGUACGGGGUUGUUGCUUCUGGGGCGUUGGCGCAGGUUCCGAUUAUGGGCUGUCUUGGGGAUCAGUCUGCGGCAUUGGUUGGACAGAAAGGGUUCUCGCCUGGAAUGGCGAAGAACACUUAUGGCACUGGGUGCUUUCUUUUGUACAAUGUUGGCGACAAGCCGGUGUUCUCGACACAUGGAUUACUGGCUACGGUGGCUUACCAUUUUGGCGGGAAGCCUAUCUAUGCACUUGAGGGGAGCAUUGCCGUUGCUGGGUCUGGGAUCAAAUUCUUGCAGAAUAACUUGAAUUUCUUCCAAGAGUCUAAGGAGGUCAACGGCCUUGCUUGCUCGGUGGAAGACAAUGGUGGAUGUGUGUUUGUUACUGCCUUCAGUGGACUUUUUGCACCUUAUUGGAUUGAUGACGCAAAAGGAACAAUCUUUGGGAUCACCCAGUACACCCAAAAGGGCCAUAUCGCACGCGCAACCCUAGAGGCAACCUGCUUCCAGACUAAAGCCAUUCUAGAUGCAAUGGAGAAAGACAGCGGCCAUACACUCUCCGAACUGGCUGUAGAUGGGGGUAUGAGCAACUCAGACUUGGCAAUGCAGACCCAAGCAGACCUGAUAUCUAUCCCUGUCUACCGCCCCAAGAUGCGCGAGACUACAGCUCUCGGUGCAGCAAUUGCAGCUGGCCUUGCUGUUGGACUUUGGCAUAACUUUGCCGAGCUACGCGAUAUCAAUCGUUUUGGUGGUGUGGUCUUCGAGCCUCAUGUCCUGCGACAAGAGAGUGCUGCCAAAUUCAGACAAUGGGAAAAGGCUGUGCAGAUGAGUAGAGGCUGGUUGGGAUCUAAGAGCGCCGGGCAAAAAGAAGCCGUUGGUCCGAAAGAUGGCAAAUCUGCACCGGCGAAGAAUCCUGAUCUACCUCCGUCUAAAGGAACACAGAUCCCGGAUACUUCAUUGAUCUCUGAUGUCGUGAAGAGAAUCACGGCUGUCAAAGAGAGGGCUCGUGUCUCAGUCAAGGAGAUCGAAGUCACACAUCCCCCUGUACAGACGGCAUUGGCAUUGGGGAGUGUGUUUUGUGAUUUGGAUGAUGCAGAUGAAGAGGACUUGUUCUUGGAGCUGCGGAAAGUGGAGAUUCUGCAAAGACUUAGGAGGCUACGGAAACGGCAGUCAGACUCCUACUAA